AUGGGCAAGCUGAUUGUUUACUUGCUGUUUAUUGGUCUAUCAUGCGCUGCUGUUCUUCCUUCAGACUUUGCAUGGGGAACAGCUACAGCUGCUUUUCAAGUCGAAGGAGCGUGAAAUGUCUCUGGGCGUGGGCCAUCAAUCUGGGAUUACUUUCAAAAUUUCCCAGGUAGAAUUUAUGACAAUGAGACUGCGCAGAUUGCAGAUGAUUUCUAUGACAGAUAUCCUUCAGAUAUCAAAUUACUUCAGCAGCUUGGUGUGAAAAACUUUAGAGUUUCUCUAUCCAGACACAAUUAAAAAUGUCAUUUCAAUACUUGGGUAGUUAUAGCCCAAGAUAACUUAUUGCUCACUGUUGGCUUUAAAAUUGAAGGAAAUAUAUGUUAAGCAUAUAUUGGCCUGUGUAAAGAAAGCCUUUCUCAAUGAUGAAAGAAAAGCUAUUCAUGCGAUGUGAGAAGUAUAUCCUAAUUUAUUUUUUCAUCUUUCUAUACAUAUGAAAAUUUUUAAGGCCAUUGAAUUCAAUUCCUUGAGAAUUUUUAGAAAUGAGCUUACAUAAUUUUACUGGCUACCGACUAGAAUUUUCCAAUUGCAAUGGGAGGCACGAAAAUAUUAAUUAGCUGUGCUAAAUUUCUCUUUCCUGGACUCGCCUCCUUCCAAAUGGGCUUACCAGUAAUGUAAACCAAGCUGGAGUCCAAUUUUACAACACCCUCCUAGAUGCAUUGCUUGCAGCUGGGAUUCAGCCUUAUGUCACUCUUUAUCACUGGGAUUUGCCACAAACCUUCAAUAAUUUAACAGCUCAAAGUACUUGGCUCGAUCCAGAUGUCGCAAAUAAAUUCAAUGCUUAUGCAGAUUUCUGUUUUAGCACCUUUGGAAACAAGGUCAAAUAUUGGCUUACCAUGAACGAAAUCCAAACUUUCACAUGGAUUGGAUACGGAGUUGGGACUCACGCCCCAGGAAGAUGUUCUCCAAGCUGGGGUGACUGGUGUCAACAAGUAGGUGGAGGUGGCAACUCUUCAACUGAGCCUUACAUAGCAGCUCACAACGCAUUGCUAGCUCACGGUCUUGCAGUUCAAACUUACAGAAAUAAAUACCAAAAAACCCAAAAAGGCAAAAUCGGGAUGACUAUCAACAGUGGCUACAAUUUGCCAUGGGAUACAUCUGAUGAGGAUGACUAUAAGGCAGUUCAAUAUUCACUAGCAUUCCAGUAUGGCUGGUUUGCUGAUCCUCAGGCAUUUGGAAGAUACCCUACAGAAAUGAGUGAGCUCAUUACAGGAAAUAGACUUCCUACAUUCACGACUGAACAAUCAAAUAUGCUGAAAGGUUCUUAUGACUUUUUAGGAUUGAAUUACUACGCAAGUGGAUAUGUCCAUUGGACAGGAACACCUGGCGACAACUAUGGGAAUGAUGGGAGAUAUACUGGAAGCCCAUACAAUAAAACAGGACACCUAAUCGGGCCUUUUGCGCAAUCUUCAUGGCUAAAUGUGUAUCCUCCAGGGCUUAGAGCUCUUUUGAACUGGAUUAAAGUCAGAUAUAACGAUCCAGAUAUUUACAUCUUCGAAAAUGGAGUAAGCUGCCCAGGAGAAAAUGAUAUGCCGGAAGCACAAGCAUUGAACGAUACGUUUAGAAUGGAUUAUGUUUAUAAUCACGUUAUGAAUAUGGUUGAUGCAAUUGUUAACGAUAAGGUCAAGGUCAGAGGAUACUUCUUAUGGUCACUGCUAGAUAAUUUCGAAUGGACUGAUGGAUACAGCGUCAGGUUUGGUAUCACUUAUGUGAAUUAUAAUCAAAAUCUAACAAGGACGAUUAAAAAUUCUGGAUACUUAUAUCAGAGCUUGAUUGGAUACCUAGGGACUCAUCAUGCUGAAGAAUUAAAAAAUGUCUCACCUUAUGCAUUAGCUGAAAGGGCCAAAACCUUAAACAGUUAUAUUUAUCAGGAUUAA